GUGCGCCGUGCAGAUCGUGCUGAGCCGCUGGGAGCGGAGGUAAGUUAAUUCCUUUGAUUUAUAUCCCUCACACUGGUACCUAACAAGGUCACCAAUCUCUGCUAGCAUUGGAGCCCAUUGUUUGGAGACCGCAAGUCAUCCAGUGACUCCUGGACAAAAAACCUAGAAGAAGGUGGAGGUGAUUGAGAGAUCUGGAUCAAGUCUCAGAGAUGGACUACCAGCUGAAGAGACCGGAUCAGUGUGAGUUUGAGGAAGUGGCCGUUUACUUCUCCGAGGAGGAGUGGGACUAUUUAAAGGAAGACGAGAAGGAGCUUUACCAGGAUGUGAUCAUGGAGAAUUACCAGACCCUCAGCUCUCUGGGAAGGAUUCACAUGACGCCUUUGAUUAUAUCAGCGAUUGAGCGAGGGGAAGAGCCGUAUGUCAGGAGCCACCUGCAGGAUAGUCUUUUGAAUACUGGCCCAGGUGGUUCUGACAGCAGAGGAUUUCCUGAAGGACGUGACAAUGACAAAAGUCCUCUGAAUAAGUCAAAGAAUUGCUCAGACACAUGUAUGUCUACAGCUGAGAUAGUAAACAGAAACUCAAAACAUUUCCACUUCCAGACUUGCACAGGAGAAAAACCUUCCUCAUGUUUUCCAUGCAACUCAUCUCUUGCAAAACAAAGUACUCAAACCAGAGAGAAAGCGUCCUCAUGUCCUGAAAAUGGGAAAUAUAGCCAGAACUCGAGUCUUAUUAUAUAUAAAAGGAAUCCCACAGCAGAGAGACCUUUCUUAUGUUCUAUGUGUGGGAGAUGUUUUGUCAGUAAAUCAGUUCUUGUGAGACAUCAGAGAACUCAAACAGGUGAAAAACCUUUCUCAUGUUCUGUAUGCGGUCAAUGUUUUAGUGUUCACUGCCAUCUUAUUAACCAUAAGAGAACUCACACAGGAGAGAAGCCUUUCUUUUGUUUGGACUGUGGAAAAUGCUUUAGACAUCGUUCAAUCCUUAUUAUACAUAAAAGAUCUCACACAAGAGAGAAAGUGUUCUCAUGUUCUGAAUGUAGUAAAUGUUUUAACCGUAAAACCGCGCUUGUGAAUCACAAGAAAACUCACACAAGAAAAAAGCCUUUCUCAUGUUCUGAAUGCGAGAAAUGUUUUGGCAGUAAAUCAGAUUUUGAGAGACAUCAGAGAACUCACACAGGAGAAAAACCAUUUUCAUGUUCUGAAUGUGGGAAAUGUUUUGCCAGGAAACCAGUUCUUCUGAAACAUCAGAGAACUCACACAGGAGAAAAGCCUUUCUCAUGUUCUGAAUGUUUGAAAUGUUUUGUCAUUAAAUCAGAUCUUGAAAGACAUCAGAGAACUCACACAGGAGAAAAGCCUUUCUCAUGUUCAGAAUGUAGAAAAUGUUUUGACAGUAAAUCCUUGCUUGUGAAUCAUCAGAGAACUCACACAGGAGAAAAGCCUUUCUCAUGUUCUGAAUGUUCGAAAUGCUAUGCCAGUAAAUCAGAUCUUGAGAGGCAUCAGAGAACUCACACAGGAGAAAAGCCCUUUUCAUGUUCUGAAUGUGGGAAAUGUUUUGUCAGUAAAUCAGAUCUUGCAAGACAUCAGAAAACUCACACAGGAGAAAAAUCAUUCUCAUGUUCUGAAUGUGGGAAAUGUUUUCUCUGGAAAGCAGUUCUUGAUAAUCAUCAAAGAACUCACACAGGAGAGAAAGCGUUCUCAUGUUCUGAAUGUGGGAAAGGUUUUUUCAGUAAAUCAAGCCUUUUGAAUCAUCAGAGAACUCACACAGGAGAAAAGCCUUUCUCAUGUUCUGAAUGUGGGAAAAGUUUUGUCAGUAAAUCAGAUCUUGCGAGACAUCAGAAAACUCACACAGGAGAGAAACCUUUCUCUUGUUCUGAAUGUGGGAAAUGUUUUGUCUGUAAAUCAGAUCUUGUGAUUCAUCAGAGAACUCACACAGGAGAAAAACCUUUCUCAUGUUCUGAAUGUGGGAAAUGCUUUAGCCAGCACUCAAAUCUUAGUUACCAUAAGAGAAUUCACACAGGAGAAAAGCCAUUUUCGUGUUCUGAAUGUUUGAAAUGCUUUAGCCGGCACACAAAUCUUAUCAUCCACAAGAGAACUCACACAAGAGAGAAGCCUUUUUCAUGUUCUGAAUGUAGAAACUAUUUUGACAGUAAAUCUGCGCUUGUGAAUCAUCAGAGAACUCACAAAGGUGAAACGCCUUUCUCAUGUUCUGAAUGUAGCAAAUAUUUUGACAGUAAAUCUGCGCUUGUGAAUCAUCAGAGAACUCACACAAGAGAAAAGCCUUUCUCAUGUUCUGAAUGUGGGAAAUGUUUUGUCAGUAAAUCAUAUCUUGUGAAUCAUCAGAGAACUCACACAGGAGAAAACAACAUUCUCGUCGAGGACGAUGUAAUUACCAAUAUUGUACAGCGAAGAUUAUCCUUGUAUCCAGCAACGUCCGUGGAACUAAUAAACCAGCUGUUCCGGGAAGCAAGGGAGGAGAUACAAACUAAGAGGGGACAAGAACUGGAACUGGUAAGAGCUAGACAGCCCAUUCCACAUACAGUUCCUACCCCUCCACCCGCUGCUACAGGGAAGAAAAUACAGUUCACUGCAUUUAAAGCUUUUGUAGAAAGUGAGGAAGAAAUAGAUGGAUAUUUGGCUGAUUUUGAGAGGCAGUGCUCACUACACCAGUACCAGCAAGUUAAAGAGGCGCUGCUAACCCGAUAUGCCGUAACCACAGAAACCUACCGCCGCCGCUUCUGGGAGUCCAAGAAAAAGGUUGUGGACUCCCACAUGGAAUGGGCUAAUAAGUUACAGCGGGUGGCAUCACACUGGGUGCGAGGGUGCAACGCCAACACAGGGGAAGAAGUACUGCAGCUAUUCUUAUUAGAACACUUUUUCCAAGGUUUAUCUGCUGACUUACAGGAUUGGGUAAGGGACCGGCGACCCAACAUCCUAAGUGAGGCAGCUCGGCUGGCGGACGAGUACGCUGAAUCCAGGAGAGUGAGCCAGAGCACCCCAAGGCCAGCUAACAAAGUGGAACCACGUACCGCAGCUGCCACCCCUCGCCCGGAGUUCCGUACUCCCAUACCCCCAGGGCCAGCUCGCCCUCAAGGGUCCAACAACUACCCCCGGGACUCGUCUAGAAUAACCUGUCACCGGUGCAACAACCCUGGACAUAUCGCACGUUACUGCCCGCUGGGGUCGGCCACUAAUAACUGGAGGCGCACCUCACCCCCUGCAGAGAACAACACCCCACGUACCUCUGCUGCCUACUGUCUAGAGACCGAGGUGGGCCCAGAGGAAUGCUUGGGCAUCUUGUAUGAGGCGGAUCCGAUACAAGCCGCAUCCCCAGAUAAUCGUCAGCACCAUCGUCAGGAAGUACGAGUGAAUGGACAAGUAGCUCAAGGCUUGAGAGAUACUGGAGCUACCAUUACCUUAAUGCAACGACAUUUCGUAAAACCGGAGCAUCUGUCCAAACACACAGUUGCUGUCCGUGUCGCAGGGGGAGCUGUAUUCCAUUUACCCACAGCCCGGGUGCACUUGGACUGGGGGGUCGGGUCGGGAAAGACCACUGUAGGCAUCAUGGACAAUCUGCCCGCUGAAGUCGUAUUGGGCAACGAUAUUGGCCCCCUGACUUCAGCCUACUUACCCACCACAGAUGCAGCUUGCCCCGUGACCACCCGAGCCCAGAGCUGGCUUGCAGAUGACCCCACAACAGGACGGGAGACCCAGAUCGUGCUGAGCCGCUGGGAGCGGAGGGAUCAGUGUGAGUUUGAGGAAGUGGCCGUUUACUUCUCCGAGGAGGAGUGGGACUAUUUAAAUUAUGAAGAGAAGGAGCUUUACCGGGAUGUGAUGAUGGAGAAUUACCAGACCCUCCGCUCUCUGGGAAGGAUUCACAUGACGCCUUUGAUUAUAUCAGCGAUUGAGCGAGGGGAAGAGCCGUAUGUCAGGAGCCACCUGCAGGAUAGUCUUUUGAAUACUGGCCCAGGUGGUUCCAACAGCAGAAGUUAUCCUGAAGGAUAUGACAAGAACAAAAGUGCACUAAGUAAUACUCUGAAUAAAUAUUUGAAUAACAGGGCCAAGAAAUGCACUUCUCUAAGGCCAAAGAGUUGCUCAGACACAUGUAUGUCUACAACUGAGAUAGUAAACAGAAAUGCAAACCAUUCUAGCCUCUGGACUGCAACAGGAGAAAAACCUUUUUCAUGUUUUCCAGGUAACUCAUCUCUUACAAAAGAGUGUACUCAAACAGGAAAGAAAGCGUUCUCAUGUCCUGAUUGUGGGAAAUGUUAUAGCCACAACUCAAAUCUUAUUAUACAUCGAAGAACACACACAGGAGAGAGACCGUUUUUAUGUUCUAUGUGUGAGAAAUGUUUUGUCAGUAAAACAAGUCUUAUGAAUCAUCAUAGAACUCACACAGGAGAGCAAGUGUUCUCAUGUUCUGUAUGCGGGCAAUGUUUUAGUGUGCACUGCCAUUUUAUUAACCAUAAGAAAACUCACACAGGAGAGAAGCCUUACUCAUGUUUGGAAUGUGGGAAAUGCUUCAGACAACUCUCACACCUUAUUACACAUAAAAGAACUCACACAGGAGAGAAAGCGUUCUUGUGUUCUGAAUGUGGAAAAUUUUUCGUCUAUAAAUCAGAUCUUGUGAAACAUCAGAAAUUUCACAGAGGAGAAAAACCUUUCUCAUGCUCUGAAUGUGGGAGAUGCUUUACCCAGCACUCUACUCUUAUUGACCAUAAGAGAACUCACACAGGAGAAAAACCAUUCUCAUGUUCUGAAUGUGGAAAAUGCUUUAGUCAGCACUCUACUCUUAUUGACCAUAAGAGAACUCACACGGGAGAAAAACCUUUCUCGUGUUCUGAGUGUUCGAAAUGCUUUAGCCGACACUCAAAUCUUAUUGUCCACAAGAGAACUCACACAGGAGAAAAACCAUUCUCAUGUUCUGAAUGUGGGAAAUGUUUUGUCAGGAAACUAGUUCUUCUGAAACAUCAGAAAACGCACACAGGAGAAAACCCUUUCUCAUGUUCUGAAUGUUCAAAAUGUUUUGUCAGUAAAUCAGAUCUUGUGAGACAUCAGAGAACUCACACAGGAGAAAAGCCUUUCUCAUGUUCUAUAUGUGGGAAAUGUUUUGUCAGUAAACCAAGCCUUUUGAAUCAUCAGAGAACUCACACAGGAGAAAAGCCUUUCUCAUGUUCUGAAUGUGGGAAAUGUUUUGUUAGUAAAUCAGAUCUUGUGAGACAUCAGAGAACUCACACGGGAGAAAAACCUUUCUCAUGUUCUGAAUGUGGGAAAUGCUUUAGCCAGCACUCUAGUCUUAUUGACCAUAAGAGAACUCACACAGGAGAAAAACCUUACUCAUGUUCUGAAUGUGGAAAAUGUUUUCUCAGAAAACCAGCUCUUGUGAAACAUCAGAGAACUCACAUGAAUGUGGUAAGUGCUUUGGCUGGCAUUAAUUCCUGUGAGUUAUUUGAGAAUUCACACAAGAGGUAAACCUUCCUCAUGUUCUGAAUGUCCAAAAUGUUUUAGCCAGCACUCAAAUCCUAUUGACAAUAAGAGAAACAUCUUUCUCAUUUUCUGGAUGUGGUAAAUAUUGUAGCCUGCAUCAGGGCCGUCUUUAACGC